AUCUUAGAGUGGAGCGGAGGUUUUUUGAAAGGAACGUAAAUAAAGUGGUCCUCGUGUGAAACUGGAGCCUCCGUGUUUGUUAUUUUGUAGUGUGAUACAGUUUAGGCGACUUAUAUAAACCCUCGGUUACAUUAAUAACACAAUUACAAUGUCAGAAUGCUUGAUGCAUUCUUGGGCUCGUAAAUUUCAAAACCUCGACUUUAUAAUUGUUAUGGGAGCGCUUUAAUAUGUUUGAAAAUCUAGUUACGUGAUAUUUGGAUUACAUAUUAUAAUAUGUUUGUGUAUUAUGAGUGAAAUGUGUUGGAAAUUGUCUUUUAUAAUCGGGUGUUAAUAGUCUCCUCGAAAGGGAUUUUUUUUUGUGUAGUGACACUGAACGCCACAGAAGAAAAUGGCGGUUCCUUAUGGAAGGACGGCGUGUCGGCCUCUGCUGUGUUAUAUUUCCCCUUUUAGGUGCACGCCAGCCGGCAAGCGUGUCUUCCGUCAGCUUUCCACCGACAAAAGCCUUCGCGGGUCGGACUUACAGACCCAAGUUGUGACGGAAAAGCAACGUUCUCCGUGGACUCUGAUGGCCGCGGUGUGUUUGGAGAGGCUGCCGGUCAUUUCGGCCGACCGCAAUCCCAUCGAAGAGCAGUUUGGAAACCUGUUGCAGGAGAUAGAGUAUGAGACGAGCAUCCUGUCGGAGCACGAGCUUCGGCUGCAGGCCGACGCGGAGCGACUGCGGCGCAUGCAGACGGACGGCUACGACUCCGACGACGAGAAAUCCCGCAAGAGCCAGGAGAUCGUGCUCACCCAGGACCUGGAGGACAUGUGGGAGCAGAAACUGAAGAGCUUCCAGCCGGCGCCCAGGGUCGACGCCGAGGCGGAUCAGGACCUGACCUCGUUGCGGCGCCGCCUGGCCGACUCCCUGGUCCUGGUGGCCGAGCAGCAGGUGGGGGACAAGAAGCUGUGGAUGCUCCCUCAGGCCGAGUGGCGGGAAGGAGAGACCCUGCGGCGCACGGCCGAGAGAGCGCUCGCCUCCCUGCCCGCCGGCGCUCCCGAGGCGACCUUCCUGGGCAACGCCCCCUGCGGCGUCUACAAGUACAAGCUGCCCCGGGCCAUCAGGACCGACACCUCGACGGGGGUCAAGAUCUUCUUCUUCAAGGCCGUCCUCGGCCACGCCCAGCCCCCGCCAAGCCCCGCCCUCAUGUGGCUGAGGAAAGACGAACUGCAGCGCUUCCUCAAGCCGGCGUACACCACCAAGGUAGAGCGCUUCCUGUUCGGCCUGUGACGCACGCCGACACAUCUCCGUAGCGAUGGCGGCUUUUUUUUUUUUUUUUUUUUUUUUACAAUGACAAUAAAUCCAUGGAUCUUCAGUGUGCAGGUGUACCUAAUGAAGUGGCCGCUGAGAAUGGCUUCCACUCACUUUUUUCUGCCUCACCUAAAGGAAAUUAUUCUGGUUUGUACAAAAUAAUUCCAUACAUUUUGGUGAUGCAUUCAACGUAGGUUUGAAAAUAUAUGACUUAAAUAUUUAUUCGUUAAAAUAAGGAAUUGAUUAGUGAUUUGAAAUUAUAUUUUCUUGUGUGUAAUGUAAAAAUAUAACAGCCAACAUGUUUUGGAUGAAAAUAUAAACAGCAAGAAUAACCAAUACAUGUUUGUUUAUUAAAUAACGCCAAUA